GACAGACAGACUCCACAUCUAAAGGAUAUAAGAGUGCCGGGACAGCAGCCUCCCGACCCCACACAGUUUCGGAGCGUAAACCUUCCUGGUUUAGCUUCCCAAGAUGGAUCUGAGGGUAACAAGCCUUCUCCUCGUCCUCCUGGCUUUGGCUGAGGCGACCCCUGAGAGGUACUACCACCAUGUGCCAAAAGUGAGCAAGACUCCCUACCCCGUCAAGAGUCAUGCUGUUGCAGGCCAGGAUGGUCCUCCAGGUCCUCCAGGAGAGCCAGGACCAAUGGGACCUCCUGGACAACCUGGAAAAAGUGGUGUAGGACAUGCUGGACAACCAGGCCCACCAGGAGCUCAAGGAGCCCCUGGUUUCUCUCAAGCAGGUAAACCUGGUAACCCAGGUAGCCCAGGAAAACCAGGUACUCCUGGCAUCCCUGGUGAUAGAGGUGCAACUGGAGCACAUGGACCAAUGGGUCCCAGAGGUGCCCCUGGUACACCUGGAUCCCCUGGACCUGCUGGACUUUCUUCUGUUGGAAAACCUGGACCAGGUGGCCUCCCUGGAGCAAUGGGACACAGAGGAGAGGCUGGUUUGAAGGGACAUCCUGGUAUUCCUGGUAUUCCUGGGCUUAAGGGAGAGAGAGGCAUUGGAGUUCCUGGAGUUCAAGGAGCAUCAGGUCCAGUUGGACCAAUGGGCCCAUCUGGUAUGCCAGGUAAACCUGGAGUUGGUCAACCUGGUGCCACUGGAUAUCCUGGAGAACCUGGCAAGUCUGGCAUGCCAGGAAGAGAUGGUGCUUCUGGUGCAAUGGGUAUGCAAGGGCCAAAGGGUCACACAGGGGCUCCUGGCACAGGUGCACCAGGGAAACCAGGUCAGAACGGUACCCCAGGUACGCCCGGACCUAUGGGUGCAAAGGGUCCACAAGGUCCUGCUGGUCAGCCAGGCUCCCCUGGCAUGCCAGGUGUUGGCAAGACAGGUGAACCUGGAAUUCCAGGUAGCAGAGGAAGCCCUGGUACUUCAGGAACAACUGGUCAGAAAGGAGAGCCCGGCCCAACUGGCUAUACUGGUCAACCAGGUGCUCCUGGUCCUAUUGGCCCAGCUGGUCCACAGGGUGCAAGAGGAUUCCAGGGUGAGGGAGGUCCAGCAGGACCCAAAGGUGACACAGGUAUGGUUGGUGCACCAGGCCCAAGAGGAACCAAAGGUGAGCAGGGAGCUCAGGGUUUCACUGGAAAACCAGGUAGCCCCGGGGCAGUAGGUCCUUCAGGAAUGUCAGGUCAUAAUGGUGCUCAGGGUCCAAAGGGUGAACAAGGACAUGGUGGAGCCCCAGGUCUUCCAGGUGCAAAUGGUCUCCCAGGAGCCAAAGGACACACAGGACAACCAGGAGCACCAGGAAAAAGUGGUGAGAGUGGAAGGCCAGGACCAAUGGGACCAGUUGGGCCCCAUGGUCCAUCAGGUCCUCCUGGGCUUAAGGGCCAUCCAGGUAUCCCAGGCCCACCUGGCCCAGCUGGCCAGAUGGCUAAGGGACAUUCUGGCCCUCAGGGUCCCCCUGGAAUUCCAGGUGCCAGGGGUCAAGAUGGGCUCCCAGGCCCCUCUGGUCCCGCAGGUCCACCUGGUCCACCAGGAGAGGUUGUAUACCACCAUGAGAAGAGCAUGCCAGUCAAGUCUCACGAGGUUGUGAUGCCUCAUGAGAUGAUGAAGGCCCCCAUGUCUGCCUUCAGUGCUGUGCUUACCCAGGCUUACCCUCCAGCUGCAUCCCCCAUUGUGUUCAACCAGGUUCUGUAUAACGGGGAGAACCAUUACGAUGCCCACAGUGGUGUGUUUACCUGCCAGGUUCCAGGCCUGUACUAUUUCAGCUUCCAUAUGCAUGUUAAUGGUGCCAACGCACUCGUGGCUCUCUUCAAAAACGAGGAGCCUGUUCUGUUCACCUACGAUGAGUACAACAAGGGCUUCCUGGAUCAGAUGUCAGGCAGUACAGUGCUCAUGCUGCAUCCUGGUGACAGAGUCUUUGUCCAGGUUCCUGAUGAGGAGAGUAAUGGUAUAUUUGCAGCUGAGAAUGUUCACUGCAUUUUCUCCGGGUUCUUGAUUGCCUCAACGUGAUUUCACAAAUCAUAAUAAACCUCACAACAUUACUAAACAUUGAACUGCUCAGAGAAACAAAUCAAUUUAAAAGAAUGGAACUUGAGAUUUGAGCUAAAAGAAAAGUAUUAUUUUUACAAGUAAAACUGCCUCAUGUAAAUCUAUACAAUAAUCAGAAGUAUUUAAUUUGUUACAGAAUUACUUGACUGAAAAAGAUAUUAAUGAUGCGUCAAAUUUUCAAUUAUGGUUCAACUUGAUCCCUUUUCCCCUUAUUCCCCUUUGUGGGUGAUUUACAAGAUUUAGAAAACAUGAGAAAAUAUUGGAAAUUUUCUUAAGUGGUGCUUUACAUCUGCCUGUAACAUUUACAGUACGCCUUUUACAUGUCUGUUUUUUAAUGUCUGUUGUUCAAGAUUUUUCCUGUGAUAUAAAUACAAAAGACACACAAAACCAAUGGACUAUAUGUCAUUAGAGAUCAGCACAUUCUCACAAGCACUGUGACAAGCAGAACAACACAGAAAGAGAAAAUCAAACUGCUUUUUUGAAACAUCAAUGUCCCAUUGGAUGUGUUAAGUUGUGUACCGCUAAGUGACCAAAACAAAGAAUAAAACGUCUAGUUU